AUGGACUCUUUGUACGCUGGUGUUUUGGGUUCUUCUACUGAUUUUCCAUUGGGGGCUAGUCUUCCUACUAUCAAUACUGAGGUUACUAUUGAUUCUUUACCACAUGUUGUUUCUCAUACUKAGGGUACUACUGCUACUGUUUCUGAUCYAGCUCCUUCUCAUACACUUGUGGUUCCUUCUAAUAAUCAUCUUAUGCAAACUAGGACUUCGGUUUCUGAUUCCUCUCUAUUUGUGAGGCAUAUUGGUGACUCUAUUACUUAUCUUCUUCUAUACGUCGAUGAUAUCAUUGUGACUGGUAAUAGUCCUUCUUAUAUCACAACACUUAUCUCUCAGCUGCAGCUUCAUUUUGAAAUGACCGACCUGGGAGCUUUGAAAUAUUUUUUAGGCCUUGAGAUAUCUUGUUCUUCGCAGGGAAUUCUUGUUCAUCAAACCAAAUACACUAGAGAUAUUCUCCAACGGUUUGGCAUGCUUGGUGCUAAAUCUUGUGCUACCCCUCUUGCCUUGGUUACUGCUGCCACUACUGGCCCAUCUUGCUCUAUUAAUGAUGCUAAAAAUUACAGAGCUCUCAUUGGGGCUCUUAAUUACCUCACAUUUAGUAGACCUGAUAUCUCAUUUGYGAUCAGCAAGCUCUCUCAAUUUAUGCAUCAUCCGUUCGACUMUCAUUUGACUGUAGCAAAGAGGACUAGGCUAGGGAUCCCACAGAUCGUUGUUAGGGAUCCCACAGAUCGUCGUUCUACUUCGAGUUUUGUCAUGUUCUUAGGUCAUAAUCCUAUUUAUUGGGGGGCUAAGAAACAAACAACUCUUUCUYGUAGUUCCACAGAAGCUGAGUACCGAGCUCUUGCCUCCAUAGCAGCUGAGCUUUCUUGGAUCCGUCAACUUCUUAAAGACCUUUAUAUUUUUAGUGACAAGCCACCUAUAUUAUGGUGCGAUGACGUUUCUGCUAUACAAUUAGCCCGCAACCCAGUUUUCCAUGCCCAAACUAAGCAUGUUGCUAUUGAUUUUCACUUUGUACGAGAACGUAUCACUAGGAAAGAUCUUGUGCUUCAAUACAUUCCCACGACACAAGUUACUGAUCUUUUUACUAAGUCUCUACCUUCUCCUCGGUUGCACUAUCUUCGAUCCAAACUAAUGCAUUCUUGUGCAUUUGUUUUGCAUUAG